CACACACACACACACACACACGCACACGCACCACCUCCAUCCCCGGCCACAGCAACAGGCACAGCCACAAUGGGCGGAGAAUGGUGGGAGUCUUCUGCCGAGUACACCUUCACUGACAGAGUCAUUCUUGUGUUCAUGAUCUGUGCUGCGGUCAUCUUUGAGUCGGUUCAUCAUAUCAUCGAGCAUCGCAUCCUCAAAAAGGGCAAGAACUCGUUCUACGUCAAGCUAUGGGCCCGCCUCAACUCGGAGUUUAUGGUCCUCGGCUUUGUGGCCUUUGUGGUGUGGCUCAUGGCGCGGACAGGCGUCAUCUCGCGGGCGGUCUCCAAGUCAUCGCCCGGCGAUCUCGGCCCGUACAAGGGCGCUGAUCUGCUGCACAUCUUAGAGGACACUCAUAUGCGCCUCUUCCUCACCAUGUGCUUGUACUUUAUUGUCAUGGUCGUCAUUGUCGGCACCGCGGAGCGAUACAUGCGCGGCUGGGCCUUUGCCCAGGAGAACAUCAUCCUCCGUUCGUCGGAGUCGAACACUCACGUCUCGCACAAGGUUGCCGACGAGUUCAAGGCGGUGUGGGCCAAGUUCCAGACCCACCUCUUUGAGCACCGCGACGAGCUCGCCGCCGCAAAUGAUGGCUCACCCAUCGCCACCGACAAGCUCGAGAACUUCAACAUGGCCGCCUACCUCAUCCGCUCGUUUGAGGAGAUCCUUAUCGAACUCGUCCACGUCAAGGUCUACACCUGGGCCGGCACCGCCGCCAUUGCCCUCAUCAUCGGCCUCACCUCGGGCUUUUCGCCGCUCUCGGAGAACGGCGAGCUCAUCAAGAUCAUCCUCAUCCAGGCCGGCAUCUUCACCAUUAUCCUCUGCCAGUGGGCCUUUGUCGUCUUCCUCUACCGCAAGACGGUCUCGCCCGGCCGCGCCUGGAUCGACACUCCUUGGAUCGUCCGCCUCGGUGCCUUCUCCAUCGAGGUCAUCAUGACCCGCGUCCUCCAGAUCGGCCUCUUCUACUGCUGCUACACUCUCGUGUACCUCUGCUCGGCCCCGACGAUGAACAACAAGAUGAAGAAGAACCUCAUCGUCACCCUUCCCAUCUUUCUUCUCGGCUACGUCACCACCUUUGUCGCCGUCAUGUUCUGGGUAGUCCCUUUUCUCCUCGCCAAGUUCAACCUUGUCUUCCGCUGCCCACCCUUUAUCGACCGCCACGAGCUCCACACCAUCGUCAAGGUCAUCAACCAGCACUACCACGUCGACUUUUUCCCGCGCCUCCACCCGCGGGCCGCCGAGCACGACGCCAUGCACGCGAGCCACGCCAAGCACGCCGGCGACGUCACCAUCUCGCGCUCACUCAUCCGCAAGCUCCUUGUCUGCCUCGAAGUCGAGUCCUCAGUCUCCUACUCGGCCUCAGGCUACUCGGACGAGGACGAGGAGCGCCAUGAGCUCGUGCGUCUUGCACACGCCGAGCUGGCCGCCGCAGACGCCGCAGCCCGCAACUCGGCUACCGCACGCGUCGUUCACCUCGGCUCGUCCGGCCUCUCCGACGGCUACGACUCGCCGUGAGGCUGCACAACCGCCCCGGCUUCGAUGAGCUGAGCGCUCAGCUCGUCAGCCCGCCCAAACUGGUACCGGUCGCGGGCCCGCCGGAAGAACUUGGCGCAGUCGAUGUGCGCCCGAAGUCGGCCCACAAGCAAGAACGUGCCGGCCAUCUUGCGGUGGAGCGAAUACGUCUCGUUGGGCGGCGGCGUGAGUCGGUACUUCAGCAUGUCCGGCACCAUCGAGUUGAUCUCGCGGGUCAUGACCUGGUUGUAAAAGUCGAACGCGCCCUGGAUAGCGAAA